UCUCUGCUCUACAUCUGCUACAGCUUCAACGCAAGACACAAGUGGCUACGACACGAACAACACAAUGUCUUCCUCCGGCUUCAUUCCCCAACUGCCUUGCGGCGCCAUGCCCGCCGCCUCCCAUGCAGUGAUCGACUUCCGCUCGAACCCAGAGGGUAUCCGCGAGCACGGCAGAUCACCUGGCGUUCUCUGCCCCAACUGCCGCCUAGAUGGACAUGAGAUCUGGGUGAUUCCCGGCCGGAACUGUCGAGUCUGCAACACCGCAUGCGACGCCGACCUGCCGCACCGCGACCACUCUCCUCACCACUUCUGAGCGCACGCGCCUCACGUUGACUUUCGCACCUUGCGCCGCAUGCAUGCUUCUUUCCCCCCUUCAUUAGCGAUAUGGUGUUCGACGGUUACUUUGCUCUUCACGGGUCUGGCGGAAAGGAAAGCCUUGGAGCGGGGGCGGGCGCGCCCCUUUGGCGUCUGGAAAUACUACAGCGGACCAUGUAGCUCAUGAUACAUACUUGGGAAUCUAAUUCAAUGGAACACGAUACCUUCACUCUUUACGUGCUGCCUUGUGUAUACUACUCACUUGGGAGUUGCUGCCACUCGUCGUGAGCCGCGCGGUGGACUGGUGGUAC